AAACAAGUGCUAUAGUUUGAUUUAAGAAAAGAGUUGCUGUGUGGAUCUAAAUUUCAACACAUUCCGUUUUCCAUAUAUUAUUAUGUUGGUUAAUAGUUUAUUAUUUAUAACAUUUAGUACAAUUACAUUAUAUAAACAAUGGAGCUGAAUAUUGAGGAUUUUAAUCGACAAAUUAAUUCUGCACUGGUUGGCGGAAAACGCGGCUUUGAAUUUAUUGAUGUUGAUGUGCUAGCAAAAAUGAUAGGAGCUUCGGAAGUUGCUCUUCGAUUUCUCAUUGGAGUAUUUGCAGGUUUCCCACUUGCAUUCAUCUACUUAUAUAUGUCCAACCUUAGUGUUUACAGAAAGCAUGUUUAUUUUAUAUUCACUGGAGUUCUGAUCAACUAUUUUUGCUUUGGGUCAGAUUUUGUGUACAACCUGUUCAGUAUUUUAGUGUCAUAUGCUAGCAUAGCAUGGUUUGGUGGUACAAUAUACAAUGUGAUAUUUGCAUUCGUGUUUAAUACUAUCUACUUGUUGGCAGGCUACAUUUUAAAUGCAUCAGACGGUUAUGAUGUAAAGUGGACAACUCCGCAAUGCAUAUUGUGUAUGCGAUUAAUAGGUUUAACAUGGGAUAUUUAUGAUGGAAUAAAGAAGAAAGAACAGCUAAGUUCAGAUCAAAUAGAUCAUUGCAUUGAAGUCAAACCGACCCUUAUAGAGAUAUUUGGAUUUUCCUAUUGCUUUUGUGGAUUUCUCGGUGGCCCACAGUUUUCCUUCAAGCGUUACUUGAAGUUUGUUCAAAACUCCUUGGUUGAUGACGAAGCAUUAGAUCAAAUUUCAACUAGGUAUUUUGAAAGUGCUAAGCGUUUUCUUGCAGCCUUUUGUGUGAUGAUUAUGUACGCAGUAUUUGAUCCGUAUUACCGUUGUGAUGACCAACUUACUGCAGAAUUUUUGGACAAGCCGUUUCUUUGGAAAGUCUUACAGAUGGGAUUAAUAUAUUAUGUCCAAUUUUCAAAAUAUGUUAUUGUCUGGUGGUUCUGUGAAAGCAUAUGUAUUUUAAUUGGAUUAAGCUAUGAAGGAGUCGAUAAGAACGGUUGUGCUAAGUGGAAUGGACUGAGAAACUUCAAGUUGAGACAGUUCAUCUUUGGCCCAUUUUUUCAGGACAUCAUUGAGAGCUUCAACAUCAAUACUAAUCAAUGGGCUGGAAGGUAUUUGUUCCGCCGUUUAAAAUUUCUAAACAACAAAACUUUAUCACAUGUGCUGACGUUACUUUACCUUUCUGUAUGGCAUGGUUUUUAUGUUGGCUAUUUUAUCAUGUUUACGAUGGAGUUUCUAAGUGUUAUUGCAGAGCGACAGCUGUGCUUUGCCUGCAGAAAUAUGUUUGGAAUGACGUUUUCAGAGCUUCCAUUGCUGUUGAGAAUACCGGUUCAUGUGUUUGGUGCCGUGUUUAAAUUUUUAUCGUGUGGAUUUUUUGUACAAUCUUUUAUGUUGUUGAGAUGGAGACGCAUCAAAGUGGUUUAUUCGUCCGUAUAUUACUGGCCUGUAAUUGUUCUCUUGACGUGUAUCGUGGUUAUUGUACCGACACUCACAUUGUUGACGAAAAAAUUAAAACGGAAACAAGAUAAGAAGAAUGAGUAGUUGAUAAGGAGUCUGGUAAUUAACUUGGUAAGGAGUGUGUGUGGUAAUCAAUAACUUUGAAAUUUUUAAUAUAUCAAAAAUUUAACGACAACUUUUAAUGUUUAUGUUUUUAAAGAAUAUUUUAAAAAAUGAUAAAUAAAAAUAACAAGAAUUAGAGGUAGAAUUUUUCUCGGCCAAAUUGAUAAUUGAACGGCCAAAAGCAUUUUUAUGUAUUAUGUAAUUUAUUUGAAAUUUAUGAAUUUUUAUUUUAUACUUGAAUUAUGAUAUAAUGUAUUUAAUUUACGUUAUAUAACUUUAGAGAUAAUUAAAAUUAUAGAAGAAAAUGCGGAUAGGAAGGAAUGAAUUAUUACGAAUACUCGGGGGAGAUGGAGGGGGAAGGGGUCCCCUAGUAUAAAAAGGUUGAUGUGUGCAAUAAUUCAUUUAUUUUUAUCCUUCCCCCUCCUCUACUAAGUGAGGUGAGAUAAAUGCCAUCAACAACAUUCACGUGAAAUAACACCCCAAAAUUUUCAGCAGUAAAAACAUGUGUUGUCAAAGAAAAUGAUGACGUCAUAGAAAUUUUUUGACGUCGGCAAAUUUUAUCUCCACCAUUCAGUUCAUUUAAUGCUAUUCAAUAUUUUCGCUUAAAUUAUGUUUGGGCUGUUUAACCUCCCCCCUCCCCCCUUUACCCCACUUGCACCCAAAGAAGUGUUAAAUUUAACAAAAAUGUUCUGGUCUAGUAUCAGCUUUUAGAAAUUUUAUGGUUAGUCUCAUUUGUACGAGUUCUAUCGUAACUAAUGACGGCUUUGUUUUGUUCAGAGAUUAAAGCAAAUUGUAAUUUUUGAACAGAUAGCGUAUGUACGCCUGAAGAACAUUCAAGCGAAUUAUAGACUUGUAUUAUUUUAUAUUUAUAUAUUAUGUUUUUGAAAUGAGAUAUAAAAAUGAAAAGUACUUGUAGAAAACAUAUCGUUGAAAAACAUAGUUUAUUGGUUAAA